AUGGAAACCUUGUUUGAGGAUAUCUAUACCCUCGAGCAAGAUAAGGUAACUUUGGCCGCUCAUUGUUUCGAUAAGAGGGCUAGAGUGUGGUGGCGGAGGGUAAAGCAAGAUAGAUCUCCGAAUUUACUCCCAAUUGAUUGGGCAGAGUUUCGGGGACUGAUGUUCAUAGAGUACUUCCCCGACAGUGACAAGAGAAAGCUAAAGCAGGGUAACUGCACGGUACGCGAGUAUAAGCGGGAAUUCACGCAUAUCCUGAACUGCGUACCGGAUGUGGCUAGGACCGAACAGGACCGGGCGGAGUAUUUUGUGCGGGGACUCCGGCCCGAUGUUUUUCGAUUGGUGCAUGCCUUCAAGUUUCAUACGUUCACAGAGGUGUUGGACCGUGCUCUGUGGGUUGAGCACGGCAAUGUGUGUAUUCGCGAGGAGCACGAAGAGUUCGAGAGGGAAAAGGGGAAGAAGCGGACCGGCGGUGGUUCGGGAGGACGGUCGAGUUCUAAGAAGCCCCCGAGGUACCCGCAAGAGCGGUCUGAGGGCCGUGAAGCGCAACGGUGCAUCUUCUGCGGUGGAGACCAUCUAGUGAUGCAAUGUGAGCAUCGCCGUGGGAGACGUUAUGAAUGCAGCCAGGCGGGGCACAUGGCCCGUGAUUGCCCGAGAAAGGCUUUGGUUGCCCCGUCUGUCGCAUUUGCUCCGGCAAUUCCAGGCCAUUAUGAAGGAGCUCCACUGAUUGUUGCUUCAAUCGGACGUGCUUUGGCGCCACGUCAGCCUGAGGCGACCCGAUCUGCUCCAAGUGGUCGGGUGUACGCCGCUCGGGUCGAGGAACCUACAGUUGCGGAUGAUGUCGUGGCAGGUAUGGUUUAG